CUCCGAAAUUAAACUAAACCCUAGUCUAAUACUUUGCAGUUUUUUUUUUCCAAAAUACUUUGCAGUUCAGUGUCCGUCAAUGUACCUGGACACAUACUAGAAUGUCUUCACCAUUAUUCUUUAAUACCAAAUCUCUACCUUUCUUCACAAUUUCACUUUCGAAGCAUUUCCACACGAAAAACACCAAUAUUUUCAGCCCUUCUAAUUGUAGUACAAGGGGAAGAAUCUCACACUACCCUUCUCUAAUGGCUGCUGCUAAUUCAUCCACCGCUUCCAUGACACGUUCAGAUGUCGUUUCUGAUCAGAACGACUCGACCCAGAAGAUCCAGCACCCAUUACAAGUGGCAAAGCGCUUGGAGAAAUUCAAAACCACAAUCUUCACGCAAAUGAGUUCUCUUGCUUUCAAACAUGGUGCAAUAAAUCUCGGUCAAGGCUUUCCUAACUUCGAUGGUCCAGACUUUGUUAAAGAGGCAGCCAUUCAAGCCAUUAGGGAUGGAAAUAAUCAAUAUGCUCGAGGAUAUGGGAUUUCAGAGUUUAACUCUGCGAUUGUUGACAGAUUCAAGAAAGACACUGGGCUAGUGGUGGACCCUGAGAAAGAAGUUACUGUCACCUCUGGGUGUACAGAAGCCAUUGCUGCGACUAUCUUAGGCUUGAUAAAUCCCGGUGAUGAAGUGAUCGUGUUUGCUCCUUUCUAUGAUUCUUAUGAAGCCACACUAUCGAUGGCUGGUGCCAAAAUCAAAGGCGUUACUCUCCGACCCCCGGAUUUUGCAGUUCCUAUUGACGAGCUCAAGUCCAUUAUCUCAAAGAAUACCCGUGCAAUUCUUAUCAACACGCCACAUAAUCCCACCGGAAAGAUGUUUACUAGGGAGGAACUCACUACCAUUGCAUCGCUUUGCAUUGAAAACGACGUUCUGGUUUUCACUGAUGAAGUUUAUGACAAGUUAGCUUUUGAAAUGGAUCACAUAUCUAUGGCCUCUCUUCCUGGAAUGUAUGAGCGGACUGUGACUAUGAAUUCCUUGGGAAAGACCUUCUCUUUAACAGGGUGGAAGAUUGGGUGGGCAAUAGCUCCUCCGCACCUGACCUGGGGAGUACGGCAGGCACACGCGUAUCUCACAUUUUCCACAUCCACUCCCAUGCAGCGGGCAGCUACAGUAGCGCUAAGAGCUCCGGAUUCGUACUUCGAAGAGCUAAAGAGGGAUUAUAUGGCAAAGAAGGCAAUUUUAGUUGAGGGAUUAAAGGAUGUUGGUUUCAAAAUAUUCCCGUCCAGCGGAACUUACUUUGUCGUUGUUGACCAUACCCCUUUUGGCUUCGAAAAUGAUAUAGCGUUUUGUGAGCAUCUGAUAAAGGAAGUUGGGGUGGUAGCCAUCCCGACCAGUGUAUUUUAUCUGAACCCAGAAGAAGGGAAGAAAUUGGUCAGAUUUACAUUCUGCAAAGAUGAAGACACUCUGAGGAAUGCCAUUGAGAGGAUGAGGAAUAAACUGAAGAAAAAAUGAUACUUUUUAAUGCGGAGAAAACCAUGUUUCUGAAAAAACCCAAGCUGGUAUUCCAUAUUUUCCAUUAGCAUAUUGAUAUGGACUGAAUCGGAUUCAAGUCCGAGUCCGGUGGGGAAUUUAUUUUAGUAAAUCUUAAUGUUGUUGCAUACUCAAAUUAAUAUCCAUAAACAAUUGAGCUUUGGAGAUGAAAUGUGAGCUUUGGAGAUGAGAUGUGAAUAAUGUUGUCGCAAAAAUGUAGAUCUUUUUGUAAAGAAUGGAAAUCCAACUUGGGUUUGGACAAUGUUUUCUUUACUUUGUCUUAGGCUUUGUAUUGAAGCGAUUUCAUAUUGCUUUCAAAUUCUGAGAGAGAGACGUUAAAUUAUAGAAGAAGUUGGGGAUA